GCCGCUGCAGCUAACAACAGUGAAGCUAACAGCCGAAGACGGGCAGCGUGGACCCUGCUGCCAAUCCUGCUGUCGACCUGCAGCUUGAAAGAAGUGAGCUACUCGACUCAUUCAUUUGCAGGAAUUCUUACGCUUUAACAUUCACCUGGACGUUUUAUUUUCUUUACAGCUGUUUGUCCGUUUUUGCUUUUUUAAAAAUACACGCGUCUCCAUUCAUGCUAGCUCCCUCAUUGACUCUCUGGCUAACAUAGCGUUAAUAUUUGCACAGCAGUCUGAGGAGCUGGCAGCAAACAUAUUUGAAAGGUAGGUGUGACGGACUAGUUUAGUCAGGUAAAUGAAUGAUAAUCGUUAGGAACUGGAGUAGUUAGGUUAAGCUCACAGGCUGUAAUGUAAGGCGAACUUGCACCAGGAGGUAAAGUGGAAUAAGUGAUUUCUAACUUUGCCCACUCUUGAUCGACAUGUUAUCUAAUAUGUAGACUCUUUACCCCCCCAACGUGACAAGCCCACAGAGGUUUCUCGAAGCUCCAUGUAACCACAGAGUCAACGACUUUAUUAUAUUUUGGGAUAAAAAUCAAGAAUUAAAUUCACUUAUCAACGAUUCUUGGAUCUGAAAUCAAAAUUUUCUGCUGUUUCUCUUUUUUUCAGGCUAAUCUGAUCGUGAGACACCACUAACAUUUAGAUAUGGGAGGUAAGUUUCUGCAUUUGAUCCAUUUUUGACACUUUUGACACAGUUUUUUUGAAAAGACUCUACUCAGCAGUAUCUAGUCUCCAUAACCUCACCGCCAGAUCAGGUAUAGCUGCUGUUUUUUCCUCCUUUUUUUGUGGUUUAACCUCUGCCACAGAAUACCCAGAAAAUCAGCUACCCCACCUACUGAAGGAAUCCACAGUAUUUAAGACCUAAGUGUGAGUGCAGCAGGAUUGGCAGGUAGAGAGUUAAGAUCGAACAGGAUUCAAAUUCAACUUUAUUUAUAUGGCACGUUUCACACAAAAGAAAAGACAAUUCAAAGUGCCUCACAGAGACUAAAAACAACAAUAAUGACAAAAACCCAUGGACCCACAUGCACACAAAGACACACACCCACUCUCACUCACUCACCCACACAUACACACAACCGCACACAGUUUGAGAAUUUAAGAUAUAUUGUUAAAGAGACAUGGCCUGACACCGAGACAUUAAAUGAGGAAAGAGCUACCUUUAGGAAACACUGGAGAUAAAAAUAGAAAUAAAAAUGGUGAAAAGAGUAAAACCUGAUGGACUAAAAUAAGAAAAUAAUAUUAAAUGGACAAAUAAGUCAAAGGGGUAAAAGAAGUAAAAACCUGUGAUGGGAAAUUAAGAAAAAGACUAAGAAGAGAGAUAAUAAAUAGAAUGACAUAAAAUAAACAUGAAGAACUUUGAUUAAAAUGAACAUUUGCAAUAAGAGAAAUCUAAAAUGGCAAUUAGUAAAAAACCUUGUUAAAAAAGUGAGUCUUGAGCCCCCUCUUAAAAAUGUCAACAGUCUCUGCGGCCCUGAGGCUCUCCGGCAUUUAAGAUAUUAAAUGCAGUCAAGUACAUGAAAUAUAAUGCAUUUAAAUUUAUUACAUGUAUGCAUUUGACAAGUAAAAUCAAUUUUAGGUCAAUUGAUUCAUCUAUGAAAAAUCAGAGAAGUGUAACCACCCUCAAAAUGUUUUCACAAUAAACACAAAAUAUAAUGCAUUAACAAAGUGCUUAAAAACAUGCCUAUUUCUCUUUCUCAUGGGAGUUUAUUCUUUUCGCAUAUUAAGAUGUUGAUAAAAACAGGAUCUUAUCCUAUGUAAAAUAUACUCAAAGACAGAGAGUUAACUUAAACUUUAUUUGUAUAGCACUUUUCACAGACAAAAGAGUCACAAAGUGCUUCACAUAGACAAAAAUACAAACGUACAUACAAAUUAAAAGGCCAAGCUGACAACAUUAAACAGUCAUAGCAGCCCCAAAAGCAAUUAAACAAAAGCCUGAGCAAAUAAAUAAGUUUUGAGUUGGCUUUUAAAGGAGUCAACAGAGUCAAUUAAGUGCACAGAGAGAGAGGAAGGUCAUUCCAAAGCCUGGGGGUAACAGCUUGGAAGGAUCGGUCCCCUCUGGUCCGAAAACGAGUGCGCGGAACCAUCAGUAGAUUCUGAUCCACGGACCUCAGAGCCCGAGAGGGGGUGUAAGGCUGGAUCAGGUCACAAAUGUAAGAUGGAGCCUCACCAUGCAAGGCUCUAAAUGUUAGGACCAGAAUUUUAAAAUUGAUCCUAGAGGGCACAGGCAGCCAAUUUAGUGCUUUAAGAAUAGGGGAUAUGCGAGUCCUCCUAUUAGCGCAGAGUUGGAAUUCUCGCUGCAGAGUUUUGCACUAACUGAAGACGAGACAGCUCCUUUUUGUUCAGACAUGAAAACAAACGGUUACAGGAGUCUAAACGUGACGACACAAAGGCAUGAACGAUGAGCUCCAAGUCAUUUUGCGACACCAUUUUCUUAAGCUUAGAGAUUUUCCUCAGUUGAAAGAAGCAGUUUCUCGUUUACAGUGUUGCACUAAGGAGAUCAGGAUGAGGCUGUUGGUUAAGACACAUUUUUUUAUUAGUAUGCUCCCAAAAGGUGACGAUGGACGGCACUCCCAGAGCACCUGUCAGUGUAGUGUGAACAUUAUUUCAACAGUGAAAAGCAGGUUUUGUGACUACAAUGGGCCCUUAAUUUAUAAGACAGAAAACUCAUAACUCAUUCAUGUUUGCAUGCAGGGCUCAACAGUGAGACUGUUUCACCCACCUUUGUGACUAAAAAUAGAUGUGUGUGAAUUGUAAAAUGUAUUUAGGGGCACAUGUGCGCAUAGAAAAAAUCAGCUGAGGCAACAAAUGUUUUUUCAUGUAAAUACCACGGUGAAGUUAAUUUAACCUUGAUUUGAUUUGACCUCCUUCCUCACUCAGAAAAAAUGGCUGCCAUCAGUGCAUGCACAUUUUAUGGGAAAAGGAAAAGUACUGAAGCCCCACCCCUUCACAUUUGGUAUCAUUGAAAAGCUCUAAAUGUCCUCUGUAGAAACCAAAAGGAGUUAAUUCAGUAGUAUGCAGUGGGUGGGAGAUAUUGAGGUUUACAAUGGUCCUCCUAGGACGGCAAAUUUGAACUACUGGUAGUCAGGAGGAUGUUGGAUAUUUGACAGACAUUCACUGCAGAUCUACCGGUGUCUUCUCACUCUCCAUAACCAGGAAUAGCAACAGCAGUGCAGUUAAAUCUACUCGGCACCCUUGGUGUUGAAUAAGGGAUCAUCAAUAAAUUACCGGUUGAUGUUUUCAAGAAAGGCUGUUUUCCUCUAAUAGCUUCCAUGUCACGUGACCAAUUGACCUAAAAUUGAUUUCAAAUCAUAGUACUCAUGUUGACCAAUAAGACAAACAUUAUUUGAUCAAUUUCAUUGUGCCCCUAAAGUUCUUCGUAUGCUCCUUUCUUUUUCAACUCCUUGUAAAAAAGUUAGUGUCAAGCCCUGGCAUGAAAUCAUUUAUGGAAUGUAUUUCUUAUACCUGAGUCCAUUUGUGGACUAAGAAAGCUAGCAGAACUUGUGCUCUGGUAUUGUUUUUUUAAGGCUGGCAUUGUUAGAUUAGGCACUGACAGUGAUGUGGUAACAGCUACCUGACUAACAGCUCAUGCAACAUAUUUUUUUAAUCCUGCAAAGUGCUGGGUAUUAGAGGCUGAAUAAUAUAAACACAAGAGUAAGCGGUGAGCUCUUGAGUUUAUUAUGUUCUUUAGGACUGCAAUGCACACAGGAAUAUGGAAUAGGUAUCAAACUUUCCAAACAACGAUCAUCAGAUCUCUCUAUGUUUGUGUAUAAAUCUCUCUUUCAGAUCCUGCUUUUCAUAGAGACUGUCCCCUUGACUGCAAGGUCUACGUUGGGAAUCUGGGAAAUCAUGGAAACAAGACAGAGUUAGAAAGAGCUUUUGGGUACUAUGGCCCAUUAAGAAGUGUGUGGGUUGCAAGGAAUCCCCCUGGCUUUGCUUUUGUAGAGUUUGAAGAUCCCAGAGAUGCAUCUGAUGCUGUGAGAGAACUGGAUGGAAGGUACAUGCGUCGGUGCGAUAUGAAAUAGUUGUUAUACAUUUUGGACAAAUUGUUUUGGAGAUAUUUGCUGUGCUUUUUUCACUCAUGUAAUGACUUUUAUUCAGGACAAUGUGUGGCUCUCAAGUGCGUGUCGAGUUAUCCACCGGGGAGAGGCGCUCCAGGAGCCGUGGCCCUCCUCCAUCCUGGAAUAGACGCCCUCGAGAUAAUUUUAGGCGACGUAGUCCUGCAGUUAGAAGAAGGUAUGUAUUUUCUACCUGACAAUCCACGUUCUGUUAACGGUCUUUUGCAGUUUGUUUUUUUUGCAUGAAAUGAUUGAUUUGUAUUCCCCCACACCCCGAUAGCAUUAAUCUAUAUUCCAGUAUACGAGUUUGGCAUGGCAGUUAAAAUCUGACUUCCUUAUUCAAUGUCAAAAAAAGGCCUCUCUGUUAAAAUAUCAUACAGGUAAGAGCUUUGACAUCUAGACGUCCAAAUGAGCAGAUGAAGUUUUGGAUCGAUUGUCUCCUUGGCGUACAUUUUUAUUGUUGAUUACUAUUGAGUUCAUCAAUAGAUAAUCAGUGGAUCUGGCUACCUCAGGAUUUGAUACAACUCUCUUUUCUUGAAGGUUUUUAAAUAUCUUAAAAUUUUGCUUUCUCUUUGAGUUCAGUUGCCGUCUAUUAAUAAAAAUGAACCCCGUUGCAGAGUCACCACCACGCUUCUCACCAUCUGAGUCAGUCAACUAGUCCUCUUUCAGCAUCAUGUGACUGCUGUCCAGCGAGCCCAAAUCAGCUUGGCUAGUGUUGUCACAUGACCCCAGGCGCACGGCAAGCCGCCAGGUUCCACCAACCUUUUGGCUCCUGAGCAUGCAGUUCCGAGCAUCCUCCUCUUCUUUCUUCAACCUUAACCCAAUCAACAGCGGUCCACUUCACAUUUUCAGCCAAUCAGCAUCUUUACCCUUUUUAUUCUCCACACAACUUCUGUGUCAACGGGGAACAGCCCUUGGCUUACAUCCCUUCACAACCUUACCCCCCAAAAAGGCAGGGAAAAUCAACAACUACCCCUUCCAACCAGCCACCAAGCAACUUCAUAUCUCCAACAUUUGCAUCAUGUGGCAAAUCCUCUCUGCAAUUCGACCUCCCUCACCAUCAGUCUGGCGUCCUUGCGUCAUUUCUUUCUUGUCCAAAUCCCCCAAAAUAGUAAGUUGCUUUUAUCCUGCUCUUUGUAGAUUUUUUUGCUUAGCGUAGCUUUCAUAGCUGCUUGAUGGUUUUCCCAUUUAGACCAACGUCAGUGCAAACCUGCCAAAAUCUAAAGAUCAAAAGUUGUGGUCAGGGAACUUUGCUGUCAGAGCUCAGUUUUCAUUUGCAAAAAAAAAGCACUUCAUUUGUUAGAUACUCAUUGUGUAAUCGUGCUGCUGAGUGCAUUUUCACUCACAUGGAUGCAGGUGACCCUUUUAUUAGCAGACAAGGAAAUAUGUGUAACCACAUUUCCACAUGCAACCCAUGUCUCCUUAAGGAUCAAGAAUACCAAAGGUUUCAUUAGUGAUCGGAAACACAAAGUUCCUUUCUAAUUUCUUUGCGUUAUUUCUGAACCUCACCUACAUUUUAGAUCACCGAGGAGGAAGACACUCAGCCGCAGUCGCAGCAGGUAAGCUUGUCACAACUGGUUUCAACUCAACUGUGUUGUACAGAUUAAAAAUCAUAAAAUUUCUAAUUUCUUUGUCAUUUUCUGGCUUUGUUUAUCAGGUCUCUUUCUAGAGACAAGCGCAGAUAUAGGUCUGUUUCCAAAGACAAGAACCGCAAGCGUUCAAGAUCCCUCUCACGAUCAGGGAGGUGAGUUUAACGUCCCUUUUUUCUUGUCAUGAUAUGCUUUGAGAUUCGAGCGUCAUCACAAAGGAUUUUUCUUUUAACUACCUACCAUUUGUUUAUGUUUAUUUUACAGUCGUUCCCGGUCUAAUGAUAGGAAGUGACCUCAAUCUAUGGCUCAUCUGUAAAUCCAGCAGUCGUUGGGAGAUACCUUUUUUUUAAGUCAUGAUGGUCUUUUGGAUUGUGUUUGUCCAUUUGAGACAGUCGAGGUUGGCCAAGAUUUAUUUUGUGCCAUCGCAAUCUUUUCAAUAACAACAAAAAACUGUUUUUUUUUCUCUCUCUCUCUGUCUGUUUCUCUCCGUUUUAAUGAUUCUCAAAAUAAGAUUUCCCCAUUUUACUGAAAAAACAUUUUUUCUUGGGUCUUUAUCUAUAAAGUAUGAUAAAAUGCGAUACACUGCAUGUUUCAAACGAAUUGUGGGUAGUUUUACAUCGUCAUUCUAUUUUUAAUGGUUGAACAUUUGUGUGGUUAAUUUUUAUUUUAUUCUAUUUUAUUUUUAUUCUUGGUUGACUUUUAAAGUAAUGGGUUACUGUGAGCUGUAUUAUAUGUAGGGAGCCUUCUUUAUACCAAUAACGGAAAUCAGAUGAGAAACAGUUGUUGUAAAUAUUGGUGCUGUUAUUUGCAGGCUGUCUUUAAAGCCUAGCAUAUGUAAAACUGUAUUUUACUCUUGUCACUUUUGCAAAAGAGAGCAUUUAUUCUAUUCAUCUUUGCUGGGUUCUCUGAGCUCUGACAAUUUAUCUUGAUGCAACUUGUUUAAUAAAUGUUUUUUUCCAAAGUUAAAAUGUUGUAUUGCUUUUUAAUUGCUGUUUCAAUAAACCACCAGGAAAAUAACUAACAUACUGGUAAGUAAA